CUUUGGUUGCGCAGUGUUUCUCUAUACUUUACCACUAUAAAUAUAUUUAGAGACAAACAACUGCAAUAACCAUUCAUCAACUAUCUCAAACACAAGAGAAAAACCUACCUUGCAAGGCAAGUAAACGAAUUAACGGAACAGGUUAUAAGCUGCAGCAAACCCUAAUUUCGACAAAAACAAAGGGAAGAAGAGCGAGAAGAAAAAUGGCGCGUCGAGAAUUGGUUCUCAUUGCUCUGAUCUUGUUUGCCGUUGUCGGAGUUGCGAUGGCAGCGGAUUCGGGCAGUAGUCCUUCGGAAUCGCCGAAGAAGGACGAUAAAAAAGACUCUGACAGUUCAUCUUCAUCUUCCCCAUCCUCCUCUCCAUCAUCAGAUAAGGACAAAUCAUCAUCAGACAAGCACAAAUCAUCAUCAGACAAGGACAAAUCAUCGGACAGCAAGUCCUCAUCCGCCCCAAGCCCAUCAGCACCGUCGCCCAAGUCAUCCGACGAUGAUAAGUCAUCAGACAAGGACAAAUCAUCAUCUGCUCCGGCUCCAAGCAAGAGCAGCGACAAAGACAGCUCAUCUCCGUCACCUAAAUCCUCUGCCAGCUCACCCAAAUCCAGCAAGGACAGCGGCAAAGACAGCGGUAAAGACAGCUCAUCACCGUCGCCUAAGUCUUCUUCUUCCUCCUCCAGCUCUCCCAAGUCCUCAAAAGACAAGGACGACAGCAGUAGCAGUCCGGCUUCUUCCCCUAAGUCAUCAAAAGACAAGGACAGUAGCUCCGGUCCAUCUUCCGACGACUCAUCCAGCGCCUCCGCCCCUUCCCCUGAUGACUCAGCCUCAGCAUCCCCUCCUUCCCCUACCCGUGACACUACUACGGAGCCUCCCUCUGACGUUCUGACUGCGGACACACCCUUGCCCGCUGAGGCUCCCUCUAAAACCGCCGCCCUCCCAGCCUUCUUCUCCACUGCCUCCACCGCUGGUGCUGUCGUGCUCGCAGCCGCCUCCUUCUUUGCCUUUUGAUCAAGCAAGCUUUAAUUAGCUAGUCGUCACCCCAUGAAUACUUGCAUGCGCAUGUUCUAUUAUGCCCUAAUUAAUUCGAUGUUGGAUCCUACGUACGUAGUCGUAUAACUGUUUGUAACGUCGAAUGAUUCCAUAUUUGUCCUGUUUCAUUCGUUCACUUUACUUUGUAUCAGUUUCUUUCAGAUAAUUAAUGAAAGGGCAUUUGCAUUGAUUAUUAGGACCUCUCCCUAUU